AUGAUAUCAAGGCCACCGUCGCCGAACUCAAGGACGGAGUCUCCAGGGAAUGGGACCGGUUACUUUUCUGCACCUUUCGAACGUUUCAUACGAGAUGAGACAUCCGAUUGGGCAGGUGCUUUUACCUUGCUAGACACCAUGGAGACAUUUUUUGACUCUCGACUGGACUUACUCCAGCGGCAGAUACAGAAGCAUAGUGAUAGGUUGAAGUUGAAAGCUGAGGAAGCUCUGAAGAAGCGCGUGCAAUCAAGCGAUGUGUUGGCGGAGAAUUUCGACCGUGAAGUCAAGAACUUCAAGUUGAAGGUUUCGGCCCGUAUGCAAUCUCUAGUGGAGUCAUGGCAUUCCGCGAAAGUCGUGAGGACUCGUGAUAAAGUGACAUUCUUCUUUGGUGUUAUGUCACUCCUCGUGUCGGCCUUGAUGUUUGGCUUGGCUCCGCAAUGGAUACAUAUAGCAUACACAGUACAAGGUCUAUAUCUCCUUCCUCUUCGUGCUUACACGUACAAGAAGCGAUCAUGGCAUUAUUUCCUUUUCGACCUCUGUUACUAUGUCACCAUCCUUAACUGGAUCUACAUGUGGUUCUUACCAUCAAAUCCUGCGCUCUUCAUGGCCUGUUACUCUAGUGCUGUUAUCACUUGGAGAAACAGCCUUGUUUUCCAUGACACGGACAAAGUCACUUCAUUAUUCGUGCAUAUAUAUGCACCUUUUACAUUCACGGUCAUCCGGCACUUCUAUCCAAAUGCAGAAGACAGAUUCCCCGCCCUAAAGGCACUCCCAUACCUCGACCCAGCGGGUGCUCUUCUUAUGAGCGGUGCUAUAUAUGUCUCUUGGCAGUUGAUGUAUUGGAAGUUUGUAUUGGUGGAUCGUCGAACCAAGAUCGCAUCUGGCCAGCGGACGACGUCUUUUUCCUGGCUUUUGAACGACAAGCGAAGUGCCAUUGGGCGAGCUUUGUCGACAGUUCCUCCACAGUACCGUGAACUUUCGUUCAUGUUGGGGCAACUCGUGUACUCUCUCCUUACUGAAUUACCCGCGGUGUUCUUGUUGUAUGAUAGCCCUGCGUGGAGCGGAGCAUUCCUUAUCUUUAUAUUCUCUGUCAGCGUCUGGAACGGAGGUGGUUUCUAUAUCGAGGUAUUCGGUCGCAAGUUCGAGCGUGAACUGGAGGCACUCCGAAAGGAGCUUGCAGACAGCAGUAAUAAUAGCAACAUCAGUCGCUCUGGCAGAUCAAGCCCCACAUUUACGGAUGGUGAAUCAACUACCAAUUCGCCAUUACUAAUGAACCAGAAGUUGCCAACUAUUUCCCUUGACGAAUUGCUCUCAGACGCCGAAUCCCCCGACAAGGAUAAGGAACAAUAG